AUGGCGCAGGAGCUAAAAGCAAAGGGCAACGAGCUCUACAAAGCGGGCGACUACAGCGGCGCCGAAGACUACUUCUCACAAGCAAUCCAGAAGAACCCAACCGACCCGACCUUUUUCACAAACCGCGCAAUCACCCGCAUCAAGCUCUCGAAAUGGGCCGAAGUCGAACACGACGCCCGCGCCGCAAUUGACCUCUACGGCCUGAAGAACCCCACAUCCCUCAAAAGUUGCUGGUACCUCGCGCAGGCACUACUGGGUCUGCAUCGCCCGCAGGAAGCUUACGAUGUCGCCAUCGACGCAUACCAGGCUAGUUUAGUCGCCAAGAGUCCCCAGACCGAGAAUCUUUCCAAGACCGUGCUGCGCGCGAAGCAGCAGCUAUGGGAGGCGCGGGAGACGGCGCGAUUGCGGGAGAUGGAUGAGACGCUCAAGAGUGUCGAGGUGCUUCUUGAGACGGAGCUGGAGCGGUCGUUGGUGGAGUUGCGGGGGCAGUUGGAGCGCGGGGAGGUUGGGCAGAUUGGGUUUGUGGAGGAUGAGAAGGCGCUUAGGGCGGAUAUGGAGAAAAAGGUUCGUGAUCUGAGGGAGAUGUUUCGCAUUGCGUCCAAAGGCGAGGUGGCCGAGCGAGUUGUGCCGGACUGGUUGAUUGACGGCAUUACAUUCGAGGUCAUGCACGAUCCGGUCGUUACGCCGGCCGGUAACAGCUUUGAUCGCAUUGGUAUCGUCAAGUACGUUGAGAAAUCGGGUGUCGAUCCGCUCACUCGUGUCUCUAUGACGGUCAAUGAUUUGCGGCCUAACUAUGCGCUCAAGGCGGCUUGUGAGGAGUUCCUGGAUAAGAACGGGUGGGCUGUGGAUUGGUGAUACUGGGCGGUUGCCUCCAGGUUUAUUUCUUGUACAUUC